AUGUCACGCAAAAUGUCCACCACUCCACCUAUCAAACGAGACCCCUCCUGGACGUUCGACCAACUCAAGAUAAAGUACGACAUCCUCUGGAACGCGUACUCUGAUCAUGACAUGCCCCUGGAUGAUGAUAAGAGUGAAGAGGAUAAGAAGAGGAUUGCCGAGCUUGAGACUUCGCUACAGGAGCUUCAGAAGAAGGACGAGGCCAGGCUUGAGGAGCAGAAGAAGAGCGAGGCGCGGAACAAGGCAUCGAUUGAGUCGCAGAAGCCAUACGAAGGAGACCCACACAAUCUCUAG